UGAGAGCUGUACAGCGUUCCCGAGAAGACUAGUUUCGCUCACGUUUCUGCCCCCGCCUCUCUUACAGGCGAGGGGAGGAGAACAAAUGAUGUGAAUUAUAAAAACUGCUUCUACAUCUCCACAGUAACUACUACAGCUGGUGACUCUGCAUGAGGCAGCAGCCUCCUCCGGGCGCACCGCGCACACGGGUUCUAGUCUGCGGCAUGUCGGCCGGCUUCGGCGAAUGGGCGGCGGACCGGCCAGCAGAUGUCCCUGCAGAGGAGGGCCGCGCUGGCUCAUCGCUGCCCGGCGUCGAGCUGCCCAGGAAACGGAAAGGAGAUAUGGAGGAGAGUCUGAGCGUGGACUGCAAGAUGGAUGAUGACAUCAGCAGAUCUGAAGAAGAGGAUCAGCAUGUCAAAAUAAAAAGCUUCAGGGAACCCCACCGACAGAUAGAGAAGCGGCGGAGGGACAAGAUGAACAACCUGAUAGACGAGCUGUUGGCCGUGAUCCCCGCCUGUCAGCCCAUGGCGCAGAAGCCGGACAAACUGACUGUGCUGCGGAAAGCUGUGCAACACCUGAAAGCCCUCAAAGUCGGGACCAGCAGCAUAUUUGCAGACACAACCAACAGGCCCUCCAUCCUACCCCAGGACGACCUCAGCCACCUUCUGCUCAGGCAGGCUGAAGACGGUUUCAUGUUAGUAGUAAGCUGUGACCGGGCUAAAAUCCUCUUCAUCUCCGAGUCUGUCUGCAAGAUCCUCAACUUCAGCCAGUUGGAGCUGACUGGGCGGAGCCUGUUCGAUUUCCUUCAUCCCAAAGACAUCAACAAGGUGAAGGAACAGCUGUCGUCUUGGGUGUCUCCACGGCAACACAUCAUCGAUGCUGCUACUGGGGUUCAGGUCCAGACGGAUGUCCACGUGAAGCCGACCCACUUGUCCUCUGGAGCGCGGAGAUCCUUCUUCUGCCGGAUGAAGCACAGCCGGGUGGCGGGGAAGAAAGAGGACAAACACUUGCUGCCCUGUACUGCAAAAAAAAAAGACACCUACAGAUACUGUCCCCUGCACUGCACUGGAUACAUGCGGAGCUGGCCCAGCAGCCAGCUGGAUUCGGAGGGAGAUGCUGAGAAGGAGACACCAAGCCUGAGCUGCCUGGUGAUGCUUUGUCGCCUCCUCCCCCACGGCUCCCCCCAGCCUCCCAAAGACAUCAAUGCUAAGCCCUCUGCAUUCGUCACCCGCUAUUCCAUCGACGGCAAGUUCACUUUUGUAGAACAACUAGCCACGACAGUCAUCGGUUAUCUGCCGCAGGAAGUCCUCGGCACGUCGUGUUACGAGUACUUCCAUCAGGAUGACCUGCAGCACCUAGCAGAGAAACACAGGCAAGUUCUUAGAAGCAAAGAGAAGAUUGAGACGCAGUGCUACAAGUUCAAAACGAAAAGCGGCUCCUAUGUUUCCCUCCAAAGUCAGUGGUUUAGCUUCACAAACCCGUGGACCAAAGAAGUUGAGUUUGUCGUGUCUUCAAACAGGGUUAUGUCCAGGGGGCCCGGUCACAUAAAAGAUGAGGAGGCAGGCCGCCUGAAUGCUCUGCAAGAGGAGUCAAAGCAAAUACCCAUAAUUCCUAGCCUUUCCAAUGGUGUGGGCACAAUGAUCUAUGCAGGCAGCAUAGGGAGCCAAAUUGCAAAUGACCUCAUCGACUCGUACAGGAUGAACUCCUCUCCAUCCAGCGGAGCUUCCAGUUCGUUUCUCUCAGCCAAUGAGAAAUGUCCCCUGGUGUCUCCACCAACCAGCACCAGUGCAUCCAGCGGAGGGGGGGCAGCGAGCAGCUCAUCACAGCCUGACUCCAGGACAGCAGCUGGCGCCAGCAGUGCAACAUCUGACAGCUCAGGCGAGGUGUCCCAGCUGGCCCUGGACGGCAUGGUGGUGCCGGCGCUCAGCAACUUCAGCAACGACGAGGCAGCAAUGGCCGUCAUCAUGAGCCUCCUGGAGACGGAGGUAAACGUGGGUCAAUCCGGGGACUUUGAGGACUUACACUGGCCCUUCUAAAGGGUGCACAGACUUUAAACUCUUACGAGCUGGGUGGCCGUUUCCUGCUGUGAACCUUCAGUUUAUUCUGCACCUGACCCAGAUGGCCUUUCAGUUGACCCGCUGGAAUUGUACCAAAGACUGCACCAUGUACUCACAAGAGUUAAUGGGAUUUAUUGUUACUGUAAUUACCUUGCUUUGUCUCUUGCCUGAAUGUGAGGUUCAAGUGUCCCGGAGCUUGUGGAGAUUUAGUGUCUUCAGGGACAUUUCAUUGUCCUCAGGAGGGUUCGAGCCCAAUGAGUGAUGAAGGUCUGGAGGAGGAUCCCACUCCUGCCAUGUGCGGUGCUGCUAGAGAAACUCCUGUAAUGCACAUCUUUCUUUUCUUAAGUAUUUAAUAUUAAAUGUGCACUAAAGGGCUAUUCUUUUACUGUGUUCAUCACAUUAAUCCACCGUAACUGAACUCCUGAUAAAAUAUGAAAAGUCCCCCGUCUUAACAAGGACAAGCUAACCUGUUUUAGACCAGAGGUUAUUACUCUCUUUUAUACCCUUUCUUCUAAACCUAUUUUGAAAACACUGCACAAAGUACGAACAAACUGAUUUAUUUCCGAAAUUCCACAACAGCCUGUAAAAGAAAAGAAGAAAUUAGUACAGCCCACUUUGAAUCAUCUGUCACGCUAGUCUGGAUCAGUUCACAUGUUUGGUGUUCUUUCUUUCUUUUGGUCUCAUUCUGAAAUCAAACGGAAACUUAUGAGUGCUGAGGCACAGCAGAGAGACACAUGUUCAGUCCCCCACUAGCAACAAAAAGGCCUGAAUGUAGCCACAACACAGCUAAGGGUCUGAGCAAGCGCUUUGGCUAUUUAUUUUCUUAUGACCUAUUUUCAGAAUAACCCGCUUAAUGCCAUUCAUCUGGGUUGAGCAUGCUAAAGAACAUUACAUUUUACUUGAUCCCAGAAUGAAUGAGUUAUGUAAGUGGGGAUUUUACUUUUAUACUUGCCUUCACACUGCACUUGUAAACUGUGGGUUCAUCACUUGAUAUUGAAAGCAUAUUAUGGUUGUGUUGACUUGAACCCAUGAUUAUUCCGACACAUUUUAGUUUUAAAUCAACCGUUAUGUGCACUCUUGGGCUUUAUAAGCAAAACUGUUCGACAGUAUUUGCUGUUUCCAUCAAGUUCCUUUUGAAAUGGACACUCACAGUAGGCUUAUUGAACAUGCCCAGCUAUCACAGGACAACAUGUCUGAUAUGUGUAUGUGCAAAUUGUGUUUUUUGUAUCAGCUGUAAUAAGGAAUGAAGGUAUUUGAAAGUAAAGGGUUUUUUUAAAUAAAUUGUCUGAACUCUG